UCUAGACCGCGAAAUUGUAAUCCGUGUAAUUUUCUAACUGAGGGUCAGAAUCGCGAAAAUUUAAGCUUGCGUAAAUGACCUUUUAUACGUGUACGGUACUAUAUUUACUACAAUCGUUGCCAUGUGUUAGUACGGUCAACUAUCAACGAACCAGACUCGUGACGUCCAGACCACCGUUUCUUAUCAGCUCAGUGCUAGAUUGUUUCUAAAGGCAAUAAUUUCAAAGUAAUUGAUAAAUAAAUCGGCCCGUUAUCGACACUUCUGUAGUACAUAAUGUACUGGCUGCGUCUCGCCCUCGUCCUGAGUUUUGUGGUCCAUGGCACGGCUAAGGAGAGUCCGACCGAAAAUUCUCGCCCGGACGUUAGUCCAUCUGACGUGAACAUUGACCAUAGAGAAGUGUCCACAGAGGAAUCGCUUAGACGUCUGGUGGAAUCGUUAUUGGAAAGGAUAGAACGUCAGGACAACAGGUUACAGCUGCUGGAGAUGACGGUCAGGAGCAACGAGGAGGAUCUGAAGCGAAAAGAAAUCCGUAUUGACCAGCUGGAGCGAGAGCUGAAAUCAGUAUCAAAACAAUCCCAAGAUUGGACGGACAAACGUCUCACUGAGUUUCCCGACCGUGUCUCCGAUUCCAAUUGGCCUGAAGAGAAUCCCAAAGAUGGCAUCAACGCAACAUCUAAAACGAAACCAUUAAGGAAGUGUAAGGAUGAACAGCCCUCACGAUCUGUCAGAGUUGCGCCUAAUGGAGCAGGAGCAUUCAGCGUUUCUUUGAGUGGAAGAGAUUUGAAUUUACAUCCCAAUCUAGUGAUAGCAUUCGAUGAAGUCCUACUGGACAUGGAUGAUCACUAUCAUGCAGGAGAUGGUGUAUACACAGUUCCGGUCAGUGGGGUGUACGUAUUCACCUGGCUGACCACUGGAACCACGACAGACAACGUUGUGACGGAACUUGUCAUUAACGGGUUGUCCCAGGGUUCCAUAUUCUCUGAUGCGGAAACAGGGCAUGCUUGGGAUAGUACCACCGGUGUGAUUGUGACGUCAGUCAGUGUAGGAGAUCACGUGUUUAUCCGGUCUAAAUUUAGUGGAAUCAUACAUAGUAGUAGUGUUUAUGGCAAGGCAAUGUUCUCAGGAUGGCGUCUGUCCUAGAUACAUCUAUUUGAUACCUAUAUAACAGAUCAUGGUAUUCCUAUCCUCGAUACGUACUCCAGGGCUUGAGCUAACUUACGUUCGCUACACCCCUUGAGUAUGCCAUAGCAAAAUCGAGGGCUUAGUGUGCACCACCUUGGGGAUGGGACAGAAGGACUAGUUUGAUUUUUUGAUGAACACCAAAAGAAAUCUCCCUGUGCCUAACGCUAAAAUUGACCGGCUUUGAAGUCGGUUAUAGCUCCUCUCUAAUAUUGAAAGGACACGUAUCCGCUGCUUGAUAGGUCAGGUUUUAUUUUACCCGAAAUCAAUCAAACAACUAGCUGCGUGCCUUCAUUUUUGUAAUACCAUAUUUAAGGGGUGCAGAGAGCGAAAGUGAGCUAAACUCUGGAGUAUCGAGAAAGUGGUUUAUCAGACGUUUAACUGCAUAUACGCUGGUACGCAAAUUAAUGUACUUUAGUACUAAAUUUUCAAAGAGAAGAAAAAAUGAAGCAAAACUGCUUGUUGCACCCCCUUGUCUCCAUAGUAAGGCCCUGCCCUAGACCCGCUCCUAAAUGAUUCCACUCCGAACAAGGACUAGUUACGCCGCUGUAUAUGUUUCAUAUAUUAUUGGUAAAACCAUGCAGGAAUUGACUGGCACUUUUCUAAUUCUCAACUCGGUACGGACAGUUGAGCCGUUUCCGUUCAUCGUUAUCCAAACUGUUUGACCUGUUGGACCGGAGUUGUUUGUUUAUGUUUUCAUUAAUCUGAUGCUGCUUUUUGGCUAUCCGGAACUUUGACUUUUUUCCAACAUAAUACAAUAAAAUGUUUUCAUUAGAGAGUUUCAUGUGGUCGUUGCAGUGAAUACGCUAAUGUAUACAUAUCGUGAAGAGCAAUACGUUUCGAUGGAAAAGGUAAUAAAUGUGAAUAUGAUUAGCCAUUUUAAUACAUUUGCCCUGAAUGACUGGAUUCGCGCAGAAUUUUUCUGGGUAUUUUCGUGAGCAUAUGCUUUAAUGUUUUGU